GCUACAUAGUUGUAGUAUGUGACAGGUUACGUUAAAUUUUUGUUAGUAAAUAAAAUUAUUGUAAUUUCCGUUUCCUGCGUUUUGUGAUUAAUUAGUCAUUUUAUUUUAUGUUUUAGUAUACGAUUUAGUGUGGUAUCGUUUAUUGUUUCAGAUAUCUACAGGUCCAUAUAACAAGUGUUGCUUUUUAUUGCUUUUAGUAUGCAGUGUAUGAUCACCCGUUAAUGGAAUUUAAAUCUAAGAUUUUCCAAAAUGAUUUCUAUUUAUAUGAUACUUACUUUAAUUUUAAAACUUUGUGUGGGACAAGACUAUCUUUCACCAUCAUACAAAGUUUCUCAAGAAAAUGACUACUCACGUACUACAAAAUCACAAAGUGAUAAAUUAUUCAAUAAUUUAUAUGAUUGGAAAAAUAAUUAUGAUAAUAACAUUAUCAUCCCUGAUGCGAAUUAUUUUGUGGUUGCAAGUCGAAUGGUUAGACCAGGUCAAGUGUACAAAGUAGCAGUCACUGUUUAUAAAGCCAAACAACCAAUUUCUGUUAGAGCUUCAAUUCAAAGAAAUGGAGUUGAAUUAGCUUCUGACACAAGUUUAAUUAAAGAAGGAAUUCAAGAAACAUUAUUAUUAUUGGUUCCAGCUACAAGUGUUACUGGUGAUUAUAAACUAAGAGUAGAGGGCUUAUAUGAUGGAAUUAUUGGUGGAUAUGCAUUUAAUAAUGAAACUCGAUUAAAUUUUUCACAACGAUCUAUGACAAUUUUUAUACAAACUGAUAAACCAAUAUAUAAACAAUCUGAUAUUGUUUAUUUCCGAGCAAUUCCAAUUAAUACAGAGUUAAAAGCUUUUGAUAAUCCUGUUGAUGUAUAUAUCCUUGAUCCAAAUCGCUAUAUUAUGAGACGUUGGCUUUCAAGACAAUCAAACUUUGGAUGUGUAAGUUUAAAUUAUGAAAUGUCUGAUCAGCCUGUGUUUGGAGAAUGGACCAUUCAAGUCGUAGCUCAAGGGCAGAUUGAAGAAGUUACAUUUUUAGUAGAAGAAUAUUAUCAAACCCGUUUUGAGGUUAAUGUUACAAUGGCUGCUUAUUUUUUUGAUUCGGAUAAAUAUUUGAGUGGCUAUGUAAUGGCAAAUUAUACUAGUGGAGGACCUGUAAAAGGAAAUCUAACAUUAAAAGCAACAAUACGACCACUCAAAAACGGGUUUAAAAAUUAUGAUGGUCCUAUAAUUGAAAAAUAUUUGAGUUUUGAUGAAGAGCGUCCUUCUUGGUAUCCUAAACAAUCUGAAUAUUCAAGAAUAAAUCAAAUACCACAUUUACAAUGGUUUUAUGGUGUUUAUAAGUUCAGAUAUCCUUUAAGUGAGUUGCAACAAUUAGUUUCUUCUUUAGAAGAGACUGAGGUAACUAUAACAGCCACAGUAGGAGAAAGAUAUUUAAAUGAAAUUGUAGAAGGCUAUUCAACUGCAAGAUUUUUUAACUCUUCAGUUAGAGUUGCAUUUUUGGGUGGCUCACCACAAGUUUUUAAACCAGCUAUGCCAUUUUCUAUUUAUAUAACAGUUUCUCAUCAUGACGGAUCACCAUUGGAUAGAUACAGAUUGUUGCUUGGUCGCUUAGAUAUAUCUGCUGAAGUUAUGAUGAAAUCUGGUAGUCGCAGAACUAUUGAUACAAAAAUGUUAAAAAUGUCAACAGAUCACGAAGGAGUAUUUGAAAUGAAAUUAUAUUUACGUAAAGAAUUAGGUCUUGAAAAUGAAAAACGUGCUUCAGAAGUAUUAAAAGAUAUUGAAUCAAUGAAAAUAUAUGCCUCAUUUAAAGAUAUGUAUGGCGAAAGAUCAACUACAGAACUACUUUUACUUACUCAUUAUUCGCCUAGUCAACAUCAUCUUAAAGUUUGGACUUCAACUAAAGAUGCCAAAGUUGGACAGUUUAUAGUGUUCCAUGUACAAAGCAAUUAUUAUUUAGAAUCAUUUGAUUAUAUCAUGCUUUCAAAAGGUAUGAUAUUAGUAACUGGACAUGAAGUCACUCAUGCUUCAACAAUCCGAACAUUUGCUGUUACUUUAUCAGCUGAAAUGGCACCAGCUGCUACUAUACUUGUGUAUCAUGUUGGUAAAUUUGGGGAUGUAGUUGCAGAUAGCUUAACAUUUCCAGUGAAUGGAAUAUCAAGAAAUAAUUUCACUGUUUUUAUCAACAAUCGUAAAAGCAGAAGUGGAGAAAAGGUUGAAGUAGCAGUAUAUGGUGAACCUGGAGCAUAUGUUGGGUUAUCUAGUUUAGAUUAUCCAUUCUAUGGUCUACAAGCAGGAAAUGAAUUAACAUAUGCUAAAAUUUUGACUAAAAUGGAAAGGUUUGAUGAAGAUACAAAUGGUACAAUUAUGCACACAUGGCUUUCACAUGAAGGUUCUCCUGAUGAAAUAGUUUAUUUUCCAUCAUCUACUUUUGGAAUAGAUGCUAAUCGUACAUUUGAAUUUGCUGGUGUAGUUGUAUUUACUGAUGUUGUUUUACCAAAGCGAAUGACUUUAUGUAACCAAACUCUAGGAUAUGCUGAAUGUCUUAGUGGUCGCUGUUAUUUAGCUAAUAGAAAAUGUGAUGGACAUAUUGAUUGUGAUGAUGGCACUGACGAAGCCCUAUGUCCAUUGUAUAAUCGUACAGAAUUCAAUAACUUUCGAAAGUUCCGUUACAAUCAUCUACAAAGACAUUAUGACAAUGUAUGGAUGUGGCGAGAUAUUAAUAUUGGACCUCAUGGGCGAUUCAUAUUUGAUUUAGACGUACCCCAUCGACCUGCAAAUUGGAUGAUUACUGCAUUUAGUUUAAGUCCUUCUAAAGGCUUUGGCAUGAUUAAAAAGCCCAUUGAAUACAUUGGGGUAUUACCAUUUUUUAUGAAUGUUGAAAUGCCUACACAUUGUAAAGAAGGUGAACAGAUUGGAAUUCGUGUUACUGUUUUUAAUUACAUGUGCAGUAGUGUUGAAGCUGUUGUUGUUUUAUUUGGUUCAGAGUCGUAUAAAUUUGUUCAUGUUGAAGAAAAUGGAAUAGUAAACUCAUACAAUCCUAGAACAUCUCAUGGUGAUCAUCAAUUUUUUGUUUAUAUUAAAGCGCAAGAUGCAGAAACUGUUUACCUACCUGUGGUCCCUACAAAACUUGGUGAUAUUACCAUUAAUAUUGAAGCUACCACAUUAAUAGCUAGUGAUCGAGUGACUAGAAAUUUACAUGUUGAUUCUGAUGGAGUACCUCAAUACAGACAUCAGUCAAUGAUCUUGGAUCUCAGUAACAGAGCUUAUGUUUUCCAAUAUUUGCAUGUAAAUGUAACUGAAACUCCAAUUAUACCAUAUAGUAUAGAUCGUUACUAUGUUUAUGGGUCAAAUAAAGCUCAUGUUUCAUUAGUUGGAGACGUUGUUGGACCAAUUUUCCCCACCAUGCCUGUUAAUGCAACAUCUUUGCUUAAUUUACCCAUGGAUGCUGCUGAACAAACAAUGUUUAGUUUUGCAGCUAAUUUGUAUACUACAAUUUAUAUGAGAUAUGCAAAUCAACGAGAUCGAACACUGGAAAAGCAAUCAUUCUACCAUUUAAACAUUGGAUAUCAGCGUAUGCUAUCAUUCAUGAACAAAGAUGGAUCAUUUAGUCUUUUCAGAAGUGAUUGGAAUAUGUCAUAUCCAAGUGUAUGGUUGACUUCAUAUUGUGCUAGAGUAUUCCAAGAAGCAAACUUUUAUGAGUGGGAAAAUUUCAUAUUUAUUGAUCCACAAGUUAUUUCAAAAGCUUUAAUGUGGGUACUGAAACAUCAAACUGAAGAAGGUUCAUUUUAUGAUGUCACAUGGUUUCCUGAUCGUAAAGUUAACAGUUCCAUACACAGAUCAAUUUUAUUUGGAGCUAAUAGACCACAAAGAUUUUCUAAUAUAUCAUUAACUGCUCAAGUUCUCAUAACAUUAACAAACGCAAAAGAUAUAUCAGGGGGUCUGGGUUCCAAAUUGGCUCAAGGUGAAAGUAGAGCUGUAAAAUAUUUAGAAAAAAACAUGAAUUUAUUAAAUAUGACUGGUGAACCGUAUGAAAUUGCACUUGUUACUUAUGCAUUAAUGUUGACCAAGUCUUCAUUUGCCGAGUUUGCAUUCACCUUAUUAGCUAGACAUGCUAGAAGAGAAGGUGGAUUGAUGUAUUGGGGUAAAGAAUUUGUACCUUUACCGCCAACAAAAAUGGAGAAUCAGAAACCAUUUUUAUUACCACGUCUGCCAUAUAAAUAUGAUUCUAUUAACAUAGAAACAACAGCAUAUGCUUUACUUGUUUAUGUUGCUAGAAAAGAACCUUAUAUUGAUGAUAUUGUUAAGUGGUUGAAUUCUCAAAGACUUACUGAUGGUGGUUGGGCCUCCACACAAGAUACAGCUAUUGCCAUGAAAGCUCUAAUUGAAUACACAAACAGAAACAGGCUUAGAGAUGUAUUUACAUUGACUGUUACGGUUGAAGCUACAGCUCUUUCAGGAAAAACAAAAAUAUUGAAAGUUAACAGUGCAAAUAUUGCACAGUUACAAAAAAUAGAGAUUCCACAAGCUUGGGGUACUGUCAAAGUGCAAGCUAAAGGUUCAGGUUAUGCUAUUUUACAAAUGUCCGUUCAAUAUAAUGUUGAUGUAGCAAAAUUCCAAACAACACCACCUGAACAAGCCUUUGGAAUAGUAACUCGUGCAGAUUUUCAUGGUCGCAAUCAAUCUCAUAUUACUUAUCGUAGUUGUCAAAAAUGGACCUACAUUGAUGAGUCACCUAGAUCAGGACUGGCUGUUUUGGAUGUUGCUAUUCCAACUGGGUAUAUAGUGCAACAACAAAAUUUAGAUGCUUAUGUAUUGCAAAGAAUUGUUCCAAAUUUACAAAGAGCUCGAUUUUUCCCUGGAAAGCUAUUGUUUUACUUUGAUUAUUUGGAUGAAUCAGAAACUUGUGUCAAAUUUACUGUUGAAAGAUGGUAUCCUGUAGCAAAUAUGUCACGUUAUCUUCCUGUUCGUGUAUAUGAUUAUUAUGCUCCUGAACGAUUCAACGAAACAAUAUUUGACGCUUUACCAACAUAUUUGUUGAAUAUUUGUGAAGUAUGUGGUAGUAGUCAAUGUCCUUAUUGUCCCAUUUUCAAUAAUGCUAAUAAAUUGUCUAUUCCAAUAAAAUUUAUCUCUAUUUUUACUAUUCUUGUAGUUCACAUUUACUACAAUUUAAUUACAUGA